AUGCAAGAGGUACUGGACGAGGACUCAGAGAUGAGCGACUGGUUGAUCCGCGACUCCAAGUCGGGAGUGGUGCUGCACGACCGGCUGAUGACGGAUGCGGCGCUGGGCGCGGCGCCCAUCAAGACGGAGCACUCGUACAGCCUCCACUCCGAUGUGGAGUCAGCACCCUCCUCUCCACACCACACCAAAGUCGAUGACAUGGAAGACGAAUGCUAUCCGGCCAUGCCUGCGAGCGCGUGGAGCAGUCGGCGGCGAUCCAGCGAUUCUCCGCCCCGGGAGGUGAAGACGGAGCCCAAGUCCGAACCAGAGUCGCCAGCGUCAUCCUGCCCUCCUUCUCCCACACCAGGCACACCGGUCACACAUCUAGACUACGUCAUCGACCACACAACAGGCACUAUUCACAUGCCACAGGCGGUAUUGCAGAAAGUAGGCGCCGCCGGAGUCCCACAGCUGCUGUUGAGCGCGGCGCCGCGGCUCGCCAACUCGCUGUCCUCGAACAAACUGUCCAUCAAAGUCACCAGCUCGAGCGGUUCAGGAUUCAAUUUACCCCCGACACCGCCGUCGUCACUGUCGUCGUCUGAUAGCGAAGGAGCCUUGUCUCCCGCGCACGAGGCGCCUCCCGCUCCCCCCGCCGCGCCGCCGCGACGCUCGCACCUCUACGUGUCACACCACUCACGCCAGCCCAUCAACACACCGCUGAUUAGCACGCAACCGAAAGGGUCAACAGGCACUCUAGUGCUGACAGAAGAAGAGAAGCGCACAUUAUUGGCUGAAGGGUACCCGGUGCCAACGCGCCUGCCCCUCACUAAGGCCGAAGAGAAGUCUCUUAAGAAAAUAAGAAGGAAAAUUAAAAAUAAGAUAUCAGCACAAGAGAGCAGACGCAAGAAGAAAGAGUACAUGGACCAGUUGGAAAGGAAAGUGGAAAUACUAGUUUCAGAGAACAGCGACUACAGAAAGAGGGUCGACUCUUUGGAACAGAAGAAUGCAAGUCUGCUCAGCCAACUGGCGGCGUUGCAAGCGCUGGUAGCGCGCGGCCGCAAGUGA